GUCGGAACUGGAAGUAGGUUGACGUGGGCGACGAGGGGGAUUCCAUAGGAAUAAAUGCGGGGAUGCGGAUAAGUGCGUGUAUGGAUAUGGGGCAAAAGUGGAAAACGUUCUUUGAUAAGCAUUGUUCAGUGGCUUAACAAGAUCCUCAAACAUUUGACAAGCGGAUCAAGUUACGCUUGUGACUCAGACUGCGGUGACGUCGCGGCUCUCAAGGCUCAGGCUGAAGCGGCGGACGGUCACGGUACCUUACCACUGCAGUUGUGGUUGUUAGCAUUUCAGACCCGUAACUCGUGAUUCUAAUGCGGUGCACGAAUAAUGAUUAUGACCUAACGGCUCUCACAGUGUGAAGUGAGAUGUUCUCUUUGUUUUCAUUUGUUUGAUUGAGCAGUUGUGUGCUGGCUGGCUGCUUUAUAUUACAUAAUUACAGUGAUGUCGUGAUAUGAGUGCUCCAGUGGUCUGUUGGAAGUGGUGAUAAAUUCAGCCAAUUUGGCUGCUCCAGUCAGAAGUUUGUGGAUCAGAGCUGAUCAGAAUGUGACCCGGUUUGGCAGUGCAUACCUUUGAAGCGAAAUGUUUCAGUGGAAGUCGGCAUGCCUUGCAUGCCUACUAGGUGUUGCGGCAGGCCUUCCCUUGCACUAUGGCUCUUUGCCAGUUCAGGCAGGCACUGAUGUCUGGCCGCUGCCCCUGCUGCUCGGAUUGGGCCUUCUGGCAGCAGCAGUGUCAGUCAUUGUUGGCUGCGUAUGCUGCCAUCGGUUCGGAAAGGGCCCCCCUGCGGCCAUCCAGGGCUUCAAUAACGCCACGUACGACCCGACGCCGGCCGGCGAGCUCACUCUGUUCCCGCCCGUGUCGGUGGUGUCGGCGGCGCCCACACCGGGCCGGCCGCAGUUCGAGCCGCUGCCAGAGCUGACGGCAGCCGCGGCGGCGGCGGCGGCGGCAGCCCACCCACGGCCGGCCAUCUACAACCUCUCCGUCUCCAGGGGGUUCUCCGCCAAAGACUGGUUCG